GGAGCGGGCAGUGCCGUGUAGUGCCCUGCCGCCUGCGCCUCGCUCUCCCCGCUUGGCCGAGAUGGUGCGCUGAGUCAUUGCCACGAGAGGCUUCUGUACCACUCCGAAGCAAGAAUACAUGAAAGAAUAAAAGGUGUGAGGGCGCACCAGCGUUUUCGUGGCUAGAAAGCUAACCCCCAAGUGAACGUAUUGAAGAUUUCUAGACUUGGUGGGACAAAUAUCUCUACCUCCAAUUUUAUGAAUACUGCUAGCUAUGCCUGUGGAACUCUGUUUGCUGCUGCUGCUGUUUUGUGGAUGUACUAUUUCAGAGGUACAGCCUAUAUACAAACCGCCUCCUGGGACUUUGGAUUUUGGAUUUGUACCAGCCAAGAUGUAUGAUACAGGUGCAUACCAUGAACCUGGGCCAAUAGGAAUUUUGUUUAAAAUAGUACAUGCAUUCCUGUACUUAGUGCAGCCAAAUUCUUUUCCUCAAGAUCUCAUCAGAAAACUAGCACAGCAGAAGUUUGGAAAUACACAGGGCGAUUAUCAAAAGCCAGAAAAUGUUGUCCUGACUCUUCAGGCCAUCUACUAUGAAAUCGGUUUUAUAGUCUCCGCAGCCUUGGGAUUGCUAUUUAUUUUGUUACUGCCUCUUGUGGGACUUUGCUUCUGUAUGUGUCGUUGCUGUGACAACUGUGGUGGGGAAAUGCAUCAAAGACAGAAGAAAAAUGCUGACUGUCAGAGGAGCUGUUUUGCAACAUUUCUUUUUGUUGCUUCUUUAAUAAUAAGUGUUGGAGUGCUCUGUGCGUAUGCUGCCAACCAGCAUUUAACUAACCAAGUUCGAGGAGCAAAGAAACUGGUUAACAGUAAUUUUAAAGAUCUGAAAAUUUUCCUUAACAACACUCCAGCGCAAAUUGACUACUUGGUGAGCCAGUACAACACAACUAAGGAUAAAGCACUCUCUGACCUAAAUAAUGUUGGACCUUUGCUUGGAAAUAGAGUUCAAGAACAGCUGGGAAAAGAAGUCCGUCCCGCACUUGAUGCAGCUCUGACAAUAGCAGGAGCCAUCAGAGAAACGAAGGAAGCACUGGAAAAUGUGAGUGUCUCUGUAGAGGUUUUGCAGGAGGGAACAGAGAGGCUUCAUGCAAACUUGACAGAUGUUAAAAUGCAUCUAAGCAACACCCUCAAUGAUUCUGCAUGCUCUGCGGCUCAGGCUGCAUCAACUUGCAAUAUCAUCAGGAAUUCAUUAAAUCAACUGAACAUCAAUGCCAAUUUUAGUGGGUUGCCAGGAGUGAGCUCACAGCUUGCGAAGGUCAAUGAUGUCCUUAAAAUCGACCUUUCUAGUCUGGUUCAAAAGGGUUAUGCAGCAUUUAAUGAUACUCCAGACUUAGUGGUGAAUCAAACCAGGAACAUUUUAUCAGAUAUCAAAAACGUCCUGGAAUCCAUUGGUUCAAAUAUCACUACCUUCACAAAAACGCUCCCUGUUCAGAAGAUUAUAGCAGAUUUGACGAUAUAUCUUACACAGAGUGAAGCAUACGUUCAAGAUUAUUUUCCGGUAGUGGAGCAGUACGAUUUCUACAGGUGGCUGGGUUGUCUCAUUCUGUGCUGCAUGGUGGUCCUGAUUCUGGUCUUUUACUAUCUUGGAUUGCUAUGUGGCACCUGUGGUUAUGAUAAACAUGCUUCUCCAACAACCAGAGGCUGCAUCUCCAACACUGGAGGAAACUUUCUUAUGGCUGGUGUUGGAUUCAGUUUUCUUUUCUCCUGGGUGCUGAUGAUUGUCGUGGUGCUCACUUUUGUCACAGGUGGAAAUGUAGAAAAGCUGGUCUGUGAGCCCUUUGAAGAUAAAACUUUAUUCAAGGUUUUGGAUACUCCCUACUUGCUAAAUCAACACUGGAAAAACUAUCUUUCUGGCAUCCUGUUUAAAAAUCCGAAUAUUAACUUGACUUUUGAAAAAGUGUACAGUGAUUGCAAGGAAAACAAAGGAAUUUAUACUUCACUUCACCUAGAACACCUGUUCAAUAUCAAUGAAUUUCUUAAUAUUAGUAUGUAUACAGAAGAUGUAGCACUUAAAAUUGAACAUAUUCAGAUAAAUCUCAGCAAAAUCAUUCUGCUGGAUGAAAUUGGGAAGGAGAAUCUUCUGAAUUUCAGCUCUUCAGGAAUAGAAGGGAUAAACUUUGCAGCAUAUUUGACAGAGAUCAAUAAAAGUGUUACCAAGGUUGAUCUUCUGUCAUUUGCUAAUGACUUAGAAGCAAGAGCAGACCAGCUGCCAAAAGGAGCACUGGAAAAUGCCUUAAAAGGACACGCAAACAACAUUCGAAUGAUUCAUAACCAGCAAGUUGUUCCACUAGAGCAAGCUAUGAGCACUUUAAAUCAGAGCAUUAGGUUACUGAAGAGGACAUCAUCUGAACUUAUGGUUAAGGUGAAAAAUGUCAUUAGCGCUGUUAAUGCUGCCCAGCUUCUCAUAAAUAACAACGCUUCCCUAGUUAUUGUCCAGGAGACAAAAAAGUACAUGGAUACCAUAGUUGGCUAUUUUGAGCAAUACAUUGAGUGGGUCAAGGAGUCGAUUGCCAUGGAGGUAGCAGCAUGCAAGCCUGUUGCCAAUGUGAUAGAUACAGCAGUAGAUAUUUUUUUGUGCAGCUAUAUAACUGAUUCUGUGAAUACUUUCUGGUUUGGUUUGGGAGGCUCUUCAAUAUUUUUAAUUCCUGCCAUAAUUUUUGCUGUAAAACUCUCCAAAUACUAUCGCAGAAUGGAUACAGAGGAUGUAUAUGAUGAUGUCGAAACUAUACCCACGAAAAUUACAGAAAAUGGUAAUAAUGGUUAUCAUAAAGAGCAUUUAUAUGGUAUACACAAUCCUGUUUUUACAAGCUCUGUGGAACAGUGGUAACAUAUACUGGAAACAUUAAGGGGCUAUAUAAAUGAGGCUCAAGAUUCUUCUACAGGAAUAUAUCAUUAUUCUUCCAAGUGUAUUGGCAUUUGCAUUCAUCUUCCAAAUCCUGAGCCACUUGUUUUGUCACCCAUACUGUAAAUCCCAAAUGUACUAUUGAAUGUUAUGCCAUAAACUACUGUACAGAAUAUUUUGCGAUCAGGGCACUGCCUCUCAAAUACCACUGUUCAAGGCUUGAAUUAAAAUGUUUUUUGUUUUUUACUUUUUUACACUGGGCUUUCUACCUUACAUCACAGAAUAUAAAUUAAUUAGAUUAGUAGCCUUUGCGUAGCAAUCCUCUGACAAUUGGUCAAGUUCUUAUAUUAAAUUGUUGAUUUGUGUUAAAUACAGUACAUACACGUUUACAUUUUGUAUACAGAGACUUUUGUAUAUACAUUUUUCUUAAAACUUGUAAGUGUUUAGUUAAGAUUUUAAUAUUGUAUAAUACUCUUCACAAAUGAAUUUACCAGCAUGAUCAGUGUUGCUAUUUGGUGCUCUUGAAUGACCACUUUGGACUAAAUUUGAAGUGUAAUGGGAUCCACAGUGUCUCUUUGUGUCUCUGAAAAGUUCAGUUGCAGUUUUGUUUUCUUCCUCUUUUUUUAAAUUAUUUAAUAUUUAGUCGUUUUUGCAGUAUAGACCUAAAAGGGACUUUC